AAUAAUAUUAUUAAUUAAUAAAUAUUAAUUAAUUAUUAUUCCGUAAAUAACUAAUUAUUCAUUACAUCAGUAGUCAUUACGAUAAAAUAAAUAUUAGGAAGUUUCUGCGGUCGGUUGCUUAAGAAAUAAGAACUAAGAACCGUUUCGAAAACAUCAAAAAACAAAAUGAAUAUAUUGCCAAAAAAGAGGUGGCAUGUCCGAACCAAAGAUAACAUUGCGCGUGUUAGGCGCGAUGAAGCACAAGCCGCUGAAGAAGAGAAGAAACUUAAGAUGAGGAUACAGUUAGCUGAGCAAGAAACAAAACUUUCAUUGCUGAGAAAUAGAUCAAAACAAAGAUAUGAUGACUCUGGAGACCGACCUGAAGAAACUAAACCUGAAGUGUUAAAUCAUGUUAAUUUGUUCCAAGACCUUGAAGAUGGGCAUGUUGCUCAUACAGGUGUUAACAAAGAACACGAACAGGAAAAAAAGGAAGAAAAAGAAGCAUAUGAAAAAAAAGUUGGUUAUCUUACUUAUUUAGGACAGGACACAGAUGAGGUGACUGGCAAUGUACAGUGGUAUAACAAGAAACCAAAACGAUUAGACUUGUGUGAAACUGAUAAAGAAAUUGAAACAAAAGUUAAAACAUUUAAUGAUCCACUUAUUGUCAUGAAGAAAUAUGUUGAAACAGAUCAAAAAGGCAGUAAUCAUUCAAAAGAAUUGAUAACAAAAAAGGACGAAUCACCUAUAAAAAAACAUAAGAAAAAACAUAAGAAAAAAGAAAAGAAAAAGGAAAAAGUUAAUGACAAAAACAAAAAUAAAUUAACUUUGGAAAAACUUAGAGAAAAGAGAUUAAAGAGAGAAAGAGAAGAGAGGUUUAGAGCCAGUCAAUUAUUGGCAAGAAUAAAUGGAGUCGUACCUGUCGAAGUUUCAAAACCACAACCAAAACCGGCUAUUGUACAAAAGUAUAAUUCUCAGUUUAAUCCAUACUUAGCUAAGCAAAAUUAUCCUACAAGUUUUAAUUCAUAAACAUACAAUCUAGAAAAUAAAUUUAUUUUUUGUUGGGUAAA